AUGCCGUCCUCCAAAACCGACACAGGCAUCCGACUCCCUCAGAACGAUGACCAGACUCGACGUCUGAGAAGCACCACUCAAGAUCAGAAAGCUGCCUCUCGACUGCAGGACGCCUCUCUCUCAGGAAGCACAAGGGCUGCAGCUGCUGAUCCGACUUCAAGCUGGACACCGGAAGAGAUGUUCGAGUCUACUGUCAAUCAAUACAGCGAUCCAAUCCCCGAUCGAUACUCGUUCACCGACGGGGCUAGAAUGGAGAGAGGAGCUUAUGGUAACGAUGAAGCGGAUGCAUUUGAGGCUGCGAACGACGAAUUUGAUUAA